CCUCAACCUAAAUCGGCGAUGGCGAACGCCGAGAUGAUGAAUGACGACCUGCUUUCCGUCUCCACUCUCACCACAGCGCCGUCCGCGACUGAGUUCCAUGGCGAAAACAAAUGCGAGGAAGAGGAAGUCAACUCAGCUCCGAGACAGCCGGUGUUCGAAACCAGCAGUGUCGGGGACAACGGCGGCGUUUGGCGGCGGGUUGAUAUUCUGGAGAAGUCAGGCCAAGCGUCGAAUUCGGUCGAAGAAUUUAUCCGAGACAACGGUGGGGGAUGGCGGAGGGUUGUCGUGAUGGAGCAUUCCAAGCCUACCGCGGCGGCAAAGAGUGCGAGCUCUGAGCCAUCAGUACAAGACGGUGGCGGUAAUCAGGAAGUAAAGAAGAUCAUUAGGAUUAGAAGGGCAGUAUGAUUCUUAACAAGGAUAGUAGUUUAAGGUUUGGAUUUGAUUAAAUUUGCCUUCGUGUU